UCAAAAUCACCAAAAGCACUGAGAACAAUCACACACAAACAAAGCUGUUUGGCGGUUAACUUCACAAGUUAUGUGCUUCAUUUUCUCGUUGCGCGUUUGUUGAAAAAUGUACAAAUAUUAUAGCUAAAUGUACAACCUGUGUGCAACAGAAACCCAUUUAUUUUUGUAUUUUGCACGCGUAUUAGUAAUUUAUGUCUUGAAAUUUUCACUUCCUUUUCUUUCUUUCUUUGUUCAUCAUCAAACCCUUCAAAUUCCAAAAUACGAAGUCCCCAAUCGUUGAAUUUCGUUUGUUAUGGAAGAUACAGAACCAAAUAAGCAACCCAACGACGGAGACCUAUUCGAUAACGCCGCGGAGAAAUCCUCCAUCGACGAUUGCAACGACAUAUUUUCCGACGCCGAAACCUGCGGAUCGGAUUAUGACGUAAGCCACAAUCAGUCGCCGGGAAAUGAAGAUACUCCUUCGGCGUCCCUCCGGCUCCGGCGACCUUUUUCUAGCAAUGAUUCUGGUGACGAGUCGGGUAAUUGGCAACCUUCGGUAAGUUCCGAGAGCUAUUCGAAAUCGAAAGAGAGAAAGUUAAGGUUCUCAAAGAAAUUGAUGGCAGAAGAGAAGGAUCAGAAUGGAAUUUCCAACUCAAUGCAGCGUGAUUUGAGCACAGAAAGUCAAAAAGGUACCGUUGAUGAAGAAAAUAAGGAGAUUCCGAAUGCAAAUAGUGUAAUAAUAGAUAAUUCUAAUGAUGAUUCUUCAGUGUUGAAAGAGGAAUCUGUAAUUACGGAUGUGAACAAUGAUGGAACCGGUAAUUCAGAGGAAGUUAAUUCGGAUUCCAGAGGAAGUGAUGAUGCAAGUUCGAAUAUUUUGUCUGAUAUAGCGAAUUUAGUAAUAAAAUCUGUUGGAUUUCAAGUGAAUCUGUUGAUAACUAUUGUGAGUUUGAUGAUAAAAUUGUUAACUUUUCCUGUAUGGUUAAUUUAUAGCUCGUAUAUGUUUGUGAUGGAUCCGUUUCAAGUAAUGAGGCGUGGGAAACGAUAUGUAAUCCACAAGUUUACGAGGAGUUUUGGGUUUGUGUUUGAGAAUACAUUGAAUUAUGUAUCUGGAUGGUUGAAGGAACAAAGUUCAGUAUGGAGGUUGGGGAUGCAAUUAGGAUGGGGAUGUUUGUGGUCUGUGUAUGUUUGUUUUGUUUUGGUUGGAUUGCUGGUAUUGGCUUUUAUAAUGGGUGGCAUCUUGAUGAGAAUUUUCGUGGAAGAGCCAAUCAGGAUGAACGAGCCUUUGAAUUUUGAUUAUACAGCAAAGAGCCCAGUUGCAUAUGUGCCGAUAAUGAAGAGCCCAGGUGUGACCUGUGGUGUAGAUAGUGAGGAUCAAGUGGAGUUUGGAGCGGUUGAUGGGGUGCGAGUUAUACCACCUAAUCAUAAGUUGCAGGUUACGAUCUUACUAACGUUGCCCGAGUCAGAUUACAACAGAAAUUUGGGCAUUUUCCAGGUAAGAGUGGAUUUCCUCACUGCUAAUGGCAAAGUGCUGGUUAGCUCCAGGCGACCCUGUAUGUUGCAAUUCAAAAGCAAUCCUAUACGCCUUUUUUCUACUUUCCUUAAAGCAGCCCCUCUUGUCACCGGAUAUACAUCAGAAUCCCAAAAGUUAAAGGUAGACCUAAAGGGCUUCUCUGAAGGUUUCAUUCCAACUGCAUGCUUGAGGGUGAUCAUUGAGCAACGAGCUGAAUUCCGCCCUGGAGCUGGAAUUCCCGAAAUAUAUGCUGCCUCUUUAAUACUGGGGUCUGAACUUCCUUUUCUGAAAAGAAUGCUAUGGUAUUGGAAGACAACAUUGUUUGUGUGGGUUAGCAUGACGUUGUUUACAAUGGAAUUCCUUUUCGCUCUUCUUUGCUGCAAACCUCUUAUCAUUCCAAGAUUAAGAGUGAGGCAUGAUCCGAACAGUCAUACUGGUUCACAGAACAAUCCACCUGUUGGAAGGAGGUAAAAGCAUAUGGUUAUCUCUUGGAUUUUGCUGCCAUUCCUUUUUUGCUUGUACAUAACAGGUAAGUGUCUGUUUAUUCUUUUUUCCCCAAGUAGAACUUAUGUUGACAUGUAUGUGUAGAGAAUGGUUUUUAUUGUUGAAAUUACUCUCUGAAAAUAUACACUCUCAUGAACUUCCAGUUUCUCUGACCAGUAUAACAUUAUGUCCUGAAUUCUAGUA